AUGCACUCACAAGCAAACACUAGAAUUCUACACGGUGAUGUCAAACCAGCAAAUAUACUCUUGGAUGAUAACUUUAUAGCCAAGAUUUCAGACUUCGGCAUAUCCAGAUUGCUUGCGAGAGACAAGGAACACACUGCAUCAAUCAUCGGCGACAUAAACUAUAUGGAUCCGGUAUAUCUACAAGAAGGCCUACUAACCGAAAAAAGUGAUGUCUACAGUUUUGGAGUUGUGAUCCUGGAGCUUAUCAGUGGCAGGAGGGCCAUACACUCUGAGAAUAAUAGCUUGGUAAAGAGUUUCCUUGAAGCCCAUAAGGAACAGAAGAAAGCGACCGAACUUUUUGACAAGGAAAUUGCAAUAGCAGAAGAUUUAGAGCUUCGUGAUAGUCUAGCAGGUAUGGCCAUGGAAUGCCUUAGCCUUGAUGUAGAACAAAGACCAACAAUGAUGGAGGUAGCUGGGCAACUACACAUACUGAGUCGAUCUGGUAAGGUGCAAGAUGUUUGA